AGUUCAACUUUCGUGCAUCUGAUAUGGGUCUUGUAAUCAAAAGGAGACUCACAAUGGAUUAUGAUGGCAAUCUGAGGCUUUAUAGCUUGAAUAACAAGACUAGGCAGUGGAUGGUGACAUGGGAAGCUCUUUCACAGCCGUGCGACAUUCAUGGUGUGUGUGGCAAAUACGGCGUUUGUGUUUAUGUCCCAGAGCCAAGGUGUUCAUGCCCCCCUGGUUACGAGGGAGCUUUGCUUGGGGGAUUGUCGUUGUGAAGCAUUUAGCUAUAGGCUAACAGGAGCCGGACAGUGUUUGACGAAGAGUGCUCUUUUCAAUGGGUAUCAGUCUCCUGCUUUCCAAGGCAGCAUUUACUUAAGGCUGCCUGCAACUGUGGAGGAGACAUCAGCGCACACAAUUUUCAACGCCACCGAUCUCAUAUGCAAUUCCAGGGAUGCUGAAAUUGUUCAGAAUUAUACUUCCAUGUAUCUUUUAUCUGGAAAGAGGGUGAAAUGGGUUUAUUUAUACUCAUUCGCUGCAGCCAUUGGGGCAAUUGAAAUCUUCAUCCUUUUAGGGGGCUGGCUUCUGUUCGGGAGACAAGGUUUGCCUGAUACAAUUGAAGAUGGAUAUCGAGCGACAAUCAGUCAAUUCAGAAGAUUUAGUUACUCUGAACUCAAGAGUGCUACCGGAAACUUUAGGGAAGAGCUGGGAAAAGGUGGCUCUGGCGCCGUUUAUAGGGGUUUUUUGAGCGAUGAAAGAGUGGUGGCAGUGAAGAGAUUGGGAGACGCAUUUCAAGGGGAAGAAGAGUUCUGGGCGGAAGUGAGCAUAAUAGGGAAAAUCAAUCAUAUGAACCUAGUCAGAAUGUGGGGAUUUUGCUCCCAAGGGAGCCACAGACUCUUGGUCUACGAGUACAUAGAAAAUCGUUCGCUGGAUGGGCACUUAUUCUCCAAAAAAGUUAUUGGAUGGAAGGAGAGGUUUAAAGUUGCAGUAGGGACUGCCAAGGCCUUGGCCUACCUUCACCAUGAAUGCCUAGAAUGGGUUAUCCACUGUGAUGUGAAGCCGGGAAAUAUACUUCUGGACAAGGACUAUGAACCAAAGGUUGCAGAUUUCGGGCUUGCAAAGCUGGCUCAGAGAGGUGGCGCUGGUUCUGAGUUUACUCGAAUUAGAGGAACAAAAGGGUAUAUGGCUCCGGAGUGGGCUCUGAACCUGCCCAUCACUGCAAAAGUCGACGUCUACAGCUAUGGAGUUGUGAUCCUGGAGAUGGUAAGGGGAAUUCGGCUUUCCAAUUGGGUGUGGGACAAUGCCGAGGAACAGGAAGCAGAGCUUACAAGGUUUGUGAGGAUGGUGAAGAGAAAAAUUCAAAGUGGAGAGGAAUGGCUGGAGGAUGCGGUGGAUCCCAGAUUGGAAGGGCAGUUCAACAAGAAGCAGGCAGCAAUGGUGGUUUCGACUGGUCUUUUGUGCAUCGAGGAAGACAGAAACAAGCGACCAGCAAUGGCUUCAGUCGUUCAACUUCUAAUGGAGUCUGAAAACGAACAAUAAUUUGUACACUAAACCUGUAAUUUCCACAGCAAAUUUUGUUAAGAAUGCAUGUCAUCUACUACAAUUGCUUGGAAAUUCUAUCUUUUCGAAAGUGUAUGGGUUUGAUCAGAGAAUGGUUUUACCUUGAGAUUCCUUUGGUGCAUUUGUGUUAUGCAAAGCAGUGUAUAGUUAUGAAUUUGCGAUGGAGCAGGCACUCUCAGUUAAAAGGCCCGGUUGUUGAUCUUUUCUUUUUGUCUUUGCUUCACUUUUCUCCUCUGGGCUUCAGGUUUUUGGAAGAAUUUUUAUCCUUAUAGACCUUUGGCGAUGUUUCUUGACUUUCCUUGAAAAGUGCUCUUCUAAGGAUGGAUGGGGGCAGGGGAUGUGUUCUGGCUUGCUAAUGAUCUGUUCCUAAGUUCAGUGAUUUGAACUUGGUGUGCUGCGCUCUGUGGUUUCCUUGGAUAUGGCGUUGGGCUCGAUCUGAUAGGCGUGUUUGUUUGGUCUUUGGGGGUGGUUUCGAUGAUG